UCUUUCAAAAACAAAACAAUAACCCGCCAACAUCAUUGAUUAUUAAUGGAAUAAUUCAGAUUUAAAGGAAAUUACUUUUCCUUUUCCUACCAAAACCGAAAACCUGAAUAAAUAAACAAAACAAUAAAGAAAACAAACGGAAAUAGUUAAUAACAAAGUGCGCGUAAAUUAAUUCCUAUUGCUGAGCUGUUUUUUUAUUCAAUUAUUUUGGUAAACAAUAAAUGCCUCUGCCGCUGCAGUAAGCAACUGGCCAACAGUGAAACAACAACUUGCAGCACCAAACUUGCCAAUUGCAACUCAAAACACAACACAGGCGGCACAACGGCGUCGUUUCUGCAACAACGUCGCCUCUUUGGCGGCGGCAAUGUGUCUUCAUCAACGCCGCCCGGCUCCAAUGCCUCACCGGUGGCACCCAUGAAGCACCAGCCACCGCCUCCGCCCCUGCCCCUCACACAGCCGCCAAUGAUGGGCGGUACAUCCGGAGGAGCGGUGGCCAAUGCCAUUAGUAGCCUCAACGGUGGCAGUAGUUACACCAACAACAACACGAACAACAACAACAACAAUGGCAUUGAGGCAGUUAAGUGUCGACCGCCACUUUACCCAAAACCUAAGACACCAUCCUUCGACAAGGAUCGGGAUUAUAUAGGCUUUGCCACCCUACCAGAGCAAGUGCACCGGAAGUCAGUGAAGCGGGGCUUCGAGUUCACUUUGAUGGUUGUGGGGGAGUCCGGACUGGGCAAAUCCACCCUCAUCAAUAGCCUGUUCUUGGGGGAUCUCUACAAGAAUCGACAGAUGCCCAAUGUGGAGGAGCGCAUCGAGAAGACAACCAAAGUGGAGAAGAAGACAAUGGACAUUGAGGAGCGUGGCGUGCGGUUGCGACUCACUGUGGUGGACACUCCUGGCUUUGGGGAUGCCAUCAACUGUGAGGACAGCUGGCGAGUGUGCACCCAGUAUAUAGAUGAACAGUUCCGCCAAUACUUUACCGACGAGAGCGGACUCAAUCGGCGGAAUAUACAGGAUAAUCGAGUGCAUUGCUGCCUAUACUUUGUACCGCCCUGGGGACACAGCCUGCGACAGAUGGACCUGGACCUGAUCCGACGGUUGCACCGCAAAGUAAACAUUGUCCUGGUCAUUGGCAAGGCUGAUUGCCUGAAUAAGCAGGAGGUGCGCAAGCUGAAGGAGCGCAUCUUGCAGGACCUCGAGGAUAAUCAUAUUCAGCUGUAUCAGUUCCCCGAAUGCGACUCUGACGAAGAUGAGGACUUUAAGCAGCAGGAUCGCGAACUGAAGGCAUCUAUACCAUUUGCUGUAGUUGGAAGUAAUACUAUAUUGGAGGUGGCCGGCAAGAAGGUGCGCGGCAGGCAGUAUCCCUGGGGUGUGGUCAAUGUGGAGGAUCCAGAGCACAGUGAUUUCAUCAAGCUGCGCACUUUCUUGAUAUCCACGCACAUGCAGGAUCUCAAGGAUACCACACAGGAUGUCCACUAUGAGAACUUCCGGGCACAGUGCAUCUCACAGAUCUCGCAGCAUGCGCUGCGGGAGCGUGGCAAGUUGAAGCGGGAUUCGAUUAGCUCCACGAAUGGAUUCGAUGCCGCCAUAUCGGAGACCGAUCGCCUGCUGUUGCAGAAGGACGAGGAGAUCCGGCGCAUGCAGGACAUGCUCACCCAGAUGCAGGAGAAGCUCAAGCAGACCCAUCUGAUGGAGAUGAAGAAGAACGACAGCGUGAUCGAUGUCUAGGGCGAAAGUGUUCAAUUUUGCACCGUAAUAUAUGCAUCUAGGAGUUAUGUAGUGGAUCCUGGGGAGAUCCUGGAGCAGCUAGCUGCCACCAAAACGACUUUGUUCAUAUAUGCUAGCACAGACUUUUUUAGAUUCCAGCGGACAGAGGAGGAGUUUCAAAAUUAAGACAACGAUAAGCGCAAAAUUUGCACAACCUACACUCCAAAAAUCACACAUACACUGAAAAAACAAACAACAAACAUCACAGCCUUUUUCAAUUUUGUAGCUAAAAGAGAAAUCGACUUUUUUCCACUAAGAUAAAUCGACUUUAAACGCGCAUCUAGCAUUUGAUCAGUACGAUAAAGAUUACGAUUACAAUUACAAUUACGAUUACAAUUACGAUUACGAGAUAUAUUAUACCAAAGUUGAAGGAGUUUCAAAAACUUAACGAAAGUAAAUUGUUAACAAAGCAAAGUUCAUGAACCCACAGAAGAGGCACAUACACACAAUACAUACAUAGAACUACCGUUACAGAGAAAGACAAGAGCAUAGACAGAGACAGCUAUAAUUUGUUUAUUUUUAUUUAUUUUUGUUUAAACUUUUUUAAAAUAUUUUUUUUUUGCCAUUUUUUUGUUUGGUUUUUUGAAGAGAAGAACCCUGAACACAAGCAAAUUUGUUGCUUUAAUUAUGUGUAAAGAACUUGUAACAUUAUAUGGUAAGCAGAAUAUAUAUCAGAUAUAGGACAAAUGGGUCGCUGGAUGCUGAAUAUCCAAGGAUCGGAUCGCGUACAGCAACAAGUUCCAAUUAUUUACGCAAUUAAUUACGUAUCGUAUUAUCAGAUAUAUAUACACCUAUCUAUGGACAGAACCUAAUUUGUUGAAACGAAUUGUUAAUGAAUUUAUUUUAAAUUAAUCGAUUAAGCCUUCAUGCAACAACCAUAAUAUUUAAAUGAAA